AUGAAGGAUACUGCGGUACCGAGAGGUUCAGGUUCGAAGCUUUUCCAGCCGCUGAAGAUCGCCAACGGCAAGAUCGAAUUGAAACACCGUGUCGUGCUGGCACCCUUGACGAGAAAUCGCGGGACACCUCUUCAGCCAGAGAAAGGGGGGUUAUUGAUUUCAGAGGGUGUUCCGCCAUCCCUGGAGAGCAAUGGAAUGCCUGGCGUUCCUGGGAUGUUCAUACCCGAACAAGCAGCUGGUUGGAAGAAAAUUGUUGAUGCUGUCCAUGCAAAAGGUGGCUACAUUUACUUCCAACUCUGGCACGCUGGACGUGCCACUAUACCCCAGAUGACCGGCUCACCGGCUGUUUCUGCCUCAGCAACGGUCUGGGACGACCCAAAGGAGUGUUUCUUCCACACUCCCGUUGGGUAUGGUGAGCCAGUGCCUUAUUCUAAGCAUCCACCUAUCGAACUUUCUCACAGGCACAUAAAACGGACUAUUGAAGACUACUGCAAUGCUGCCAAUAUGGCCAUGGAGGCUGGAUUCGACGGAGUUGAGCUUCAUUCCGGAAAUGGCUAUCUUCCAGAACAGUUUUUGAGCUCAAACAUCAACAUACGGACGGACGACUACGGAGGAACGCCUGAGAAACGGUGUCAGUUUGUAUUUGAGUUAAUGGACGCUUUGGCUGCGACAGUUGGACAGGAGAACUUGGCUAUUCGCCUUUCGCCUUUUGGGCUGUUUAACCAAGCACGUGGAGAACAGAGAGUGGAAACUUGGACACAUCUAUGCCGAGGCCUGAAGCAAUCGCUUCCCAAUCUGUCCUAUGUUAGCUUUAUCGAACCACGCUACGAACAAAUCUUCAGUACCAAGGAGAAAGACGAUUUUCUCGCAUCAUGGGGUCUCCUUGACGUCGACUUGAGUAGCUUCCGUGAAAUUUUCGGUUCGACACCGUUCUUUUCGGCCGGUGGAUGGGAUCACACGAAUUCCUGGGGUGUGCUUGAGUCUGGUAAAUAUGACGCGUUGCUUUAUGGGCGGUAUUUCAUUAGUAAUCCGGAUUUGGUGGAGCGGUUGAAGAAAGGGUACCCAUUGAAUAAAUAUGAUCGGAGUAGGUUAUAUGGGCCAUUUGAUGAUCCGGCCAUUGGUUAUACGGACUAUCUCUCCAUGGAACAGCAGGUUGGUGCGAAGGCGGCGGCGCAAAAUAACCUUGUGAACUGA